AUGCCCUGCUUCAAGGGCAUCGCCGUGAGCAUUCACGCAAACGGAGCCCCGCUCGCCGAGCACGGCAUGCAGAAGCAGUCUCGCAUGUCACGCAUCAGCAGCUACAUACCCGUUCCCUCGCCUCAGCUGAACCCCGACACUGCUCAGCACGAGCCCGCCCGCUUCGCCAUCUCCAUCACCUUGCUGACGCCCGGCCACUCGAUCCCAUACACCGCUCCGAAGCCAACGGCGGAGAGCCCCAAUCCCAAACCCCUGUUUGCCGGGCCUCUGCCUUCUUCGAGUGCCGAUCCCUCUAGACAUGCGAACACCAUCACGCCCUACAUCCCCAUGACCAACUCGGAGAAUGAGACAAUCGCUGCUUAUAUCUAUUUUGACGGUCGCGCAAAGGAGGAGGUGGCUACGUUGCUACGCCCCGGCGAGGAGACUUGGGUCAACAGCAGAUGGGUUCAGGUGCCCAGCAGCGAAGGCGGCGGCCUUGCCGAGCGCGAGUUUUUGUUCAGGGAAGUGGGCCUCGAGAGAUGGCUCAACGGCUUGGAUCUGCAAGGCCACGAUGCUGCCGAGAAGGUUGAGAAGAGAAGGCAGAAGUUUGAGAGGCGACACCGCCGCCAAAAGUCUGCGACGGCGACCGGCAUGAACACGGAGAAGUCCAACCGCCAGCGGGAUACACUUGCAUACGGUAGCAGCGAGCAGCCCACCGCAGACAAUAUCAACGACGGUUCCGACUCAGAGUCUCUGUCCGACGAUGAUGAUGAACCUCCCGAGGCGACUGGCCAGAUCAAGGUUGCCAUGUUCCGUGUGAUAGCGUCCGGUGAGAUCAAGAAGGGGGAAUACUCGCCCCAGUUCGACGCCCAUGAUGACGACGACGACGAAAGCGGCGCAAAGCAGGGGGGGAGCAACGGAAUCGAUGCCGACGUCGAGCACACUACGAGUUUUGCUAAGCCCAAGACGUUGGAUCCCAAGACUAUCAGUACUCAGACCGUUACUGGGAUAGAUGGCCCUGAAAAACCGUAUGCAGUGUUCACUUUCUUCUAUCGCGGACAACGUCAACUGUCCAAGAUGGGCAUCCUACCCUCGGCAAAGGAUAACAAGACGACAACACCAGCGGCCAAGCGACGUAGCACGCAACUUGACUUCUCCAAUCUUGGUCCUUUGAAGAAGGAGGGCACCGUGGGUUUCUCUGCAUUCCGGGACCAGAACACGGAGCGACGAAAGUCGCGAAAUAAGGGCAAGGGUGGUUUGGGGGGCGAUAUGGACGAGGACAGUGACGACGAUGAUGAUGACACCAACCCACUGAGUAAGAUGGAGCAGGAAUAUGAAGCCAAGGUGGAUAAGACCCGUCUUGGUCCCGAGGAUGCCGAGUCAGCAGAGCUCAAGGCUGGUAUUGAUAGAAUUCGGCUGAAGAGACAACACUCAGCCGAACCUGACAGCGCAGCGGCUGCAGCAAACCACAAGUCACCUUCUGUGGGCCCUAUAAGUGGAACGACGCCUCCAGAUACCACGUUGAAUGUGGCACCCGCUGGUGCCGUCUCGAGUCUUCUCAGCGAGUCCCUGACCGCAGAAUCUUCAAUAGGUAGUCCCUUGAAGAAGCAGCGAGCCAACGCCGACGGAGUCCAAGAUCGAAGCACGGGCUUCCCCAGUGCGCUUGGUGAUGUACUUGCUCGGGCUGCAGCAGAGCAAAAGGCGAAGGAGUUCUCGCAGGCACCCGGCGCAGUCCUGGGACCCAAAGACGAGGAGGAUGAAGAGUUAUAG